AUGGAAACAUCCUGUUCCAUAUCACUAAAAAAAACGGCAAGGAAUAAGAAAAAUAACAAAAAUUCAAAGGCGAGAGAUGAAGAAAAGAAAAUUGGAAAAAAAUAUAAAAAUGACGCUCAUAUAAUUUGCUCCAAAGAAAUUUCUGAGGGAGGAGGAACACAUAACCUGAACAUUUCUAAUGAUAAACAGGAAUCCUUAAUUGAAAAGAAGAACAAUCAAUUGGAAAUCGAAUGUAUAUCUGAAAAUACCAUAAGGAGAACCCACAAAAAGACGAACAUAGAAAAUGAAGAGGACACUACCAGUAUGUAUAAAGUGGAAGAAAAAAAUAAACACGUGGAGGGUAAGAAGAGUGCGAAUAGUGAGAAGGGGUUGAAGAGUGAGAAGGAUUUGAAGAGUGUGAAUAGUGCGAAUAGUGAAAAGGGUUUGAAGAGUUCGAACAGUGCGAAUAGUGAAAAGGGUUUGAAGAGUUCGAACAGUGCGAAUAGUGAAAAGGGUUUGAAGAGUUCGAACAGUGCGAAUAGUGAAAAGGGUUUGAAGAGUUCGAACAGUGCGAAUAGUGAGAAGAGUCAGAAGAGUGAAAAAAUUGUAAUCCAAACAUUUACGAAGAAGAACCUUUCACGCACGAAAGAAGCUUCCACAAAAUCAAAACAAACAGAUGUUCCAUCCAUCGAAACACAUUCCGAAAAGGCGGUGAAAAGAAACGCGUGCACUAUAAAUUUAAACAAAACAACGGAUGAAGAAAAAAGGAAGGAUGAAUUUCCUGCCAAGGUGGAAGGGGAUGAGGAGGUUGUACUCCCUUCUGUUGAAGGUGGGGAUUCACAAAUUUUGGACGAUUUGAAGGAAAUAAAAAAAAAAAAAAAAAAGAAGAAAAAAAAAAAAAAGAAAAAGGACAACACCGAUGAUGUAAUUAAUGUUUCAAUCAGUCAUGCAGCGAAAUCUGCAAUCAACUCUCCAAUCAAUGCUAGCAACAAUACGAUGAGCAGGGGCGAAAACAAUUCGUCCCUGCCGAUAGAAAUCCACAAUGAAACUCAUAAGGGUAUUACAAAAGAACAGAACAAUCUUCAGUAUGACUCGUGGGACGAGAUAGACGAUUCGAAAGGAGAGAAAUCUUCGAGUCAGCAUAUUCAGCUCCAUCAAGACAGGGAUAAUCUGAAAAGUGGAAUAUACUCGAGAAGCAUAGAUGAUGGGGAAAGAAAAACAUAUAUAAUUUGUAAUACCGUGGGAGAUAAAGAAGAAAGGAAAAAAUGUAAAAUCGAUCCUCAUGUUUCAGAAAGUGCAAAUGAACAUAACAAUAAUAAACAUGAAGAAGAAGGAUGGCCAAAAAAAAAAAAAAAAAUCACAUUACUUAAAAGAAAUGAAUUGAAAUAUGAAAAGAAUGCAGUAGAUAAAAAUGAUCCCAUAAGAUAUAGCAAUAAUGGUAGUAAAAAUUGUUAUCCAGAUACAUGUCAAAAGACACUUGAACAGAGAGAAAAGGAAUAUAAUAAAAUACGCGCAAGAAUUUUUUCCAAUUUUAAUAAAAAGAAAAAAAAUAAUUUAAAAAAUCAAGAUGAUUAUUUAUUUAGAAAUGAUGUAAACAUUCCUCAAAAUAUACCUCCAAUUUCUCAUUUCCAAACUCCAAUUGGAAACCCUUACCCUGGUCUUAUGAAUGACCCUCAUACUGCAUCUAUUAAGGAUCCAUAUGCGAACAAUUUCUAUAGCAUAUUUCCAAAUAAUAAUACUAAUAGUUUUUACCCACAGAAUAAUAUGAACAUGAAUACAGUAAAUAGAACCAAAGAUAUACCACCUCCACCCCCGUGUUACUACACCAAUAAUCAAACUCCCGCAUAUCGCAGUUAUAUGUACGAUGUUCAAAACCAGAACAAUUUCCACAAAUCUGGAAUUAGUUUACCUCUCACCACUGAAAUGAAUGUGAAUGCUUAUGCACAUAACAAGAAUAGGAAUAAUUUCCUCAGUGCCAAGGGAAAUGGUCUAAAUGCAGGGAAUGCACAAAUGGCAGAUAAUGGAAUAAGAGUAGAUUUAACAAAAGGAAACCUACCGACUCACGACACCCUGGGGAAAAGCCCUUCUCCCUACAAUAUGAGAGGCGGUGCACAAUUCAACGGGGAACAAUUCGCGACCUCACAAUUUAAUGGGGAACAAUUCGCGACCUCACAAUUUAAUGGGGAACAAUUCGCGACCUCACAAUUUAAUGGGGAACAAUUCGCGACCUCACAAUUUAAUGGGGAACAAUUCGCAACUUCACAAUUCAACGGGGAACAAUUCGCAACUUCACAAUUCAGUGGGGAACAAUUCGCAACUUCACAAUUCAGUGGGGAACAAUUCACUAGUGCACCAUUCAACGGUGCACAUCCAAACGAGGUGCAUAAGAAGGGCGUAUAUGCAUUUGACCCACAAAAUUGUAAUCCAGAAGGCAGAUAUACAUAUGGAAACGCGACAUGCAAACAUACGAAACACAAUAAUCAAAUGAGUAUGACACAUGUCGAUGUGUUUAAUCAAGUGAAUACCAUGGUGACAAACAUGGAAGGAAAUCAUUACGACACUCUGAGUAAUAAAGUGAAUAAUAGUUUCAAAAAAAAAAAUAAAAAAUCACAAAUGUGUAAACGUAUAAAUAAUAGCACAGAAAAGAAAGGAACAGAUGAUGCACAGAAUUUAAUAACCCCGGGUGUUGAAUUCUUUUCUCCAGGCAUGAUGAAUAUGCAUGUUUCUCCUGCAGUUAACAUGGUGGGAGGAGAAACUACCAGGUCGAAGAAAAAAGAUAUCUCAAGGGGUAAAUUUUCUCUAGGUCCCAAUAUGGAUGCAACUUCCAGAACUAACAUCACCACUACCAUCACAUCGAGGAAUAAUGCCAACUCAUCUGUAGAAACAUCUGUGAUUUUUGCUACAACUGAUGCAGGUACCCUGGGAGGAGUAGUGAAUAACCAAAAAUCAAAUUACCAAAGGAAUGAAAAAAAUACACAAAUUCAAGAGACAAAGAUGACGACGCAACCGUUUAGAAGAAAAAACGAAUUAUUAUAUGAACAGAACUCGUGUGAUAUUGCAAAACUGGUUUUACAGAAUAGAAAUGAGCCAUUCCCGUUAAGUGAUGCAAAGAGUAGUAAAAAUAUGUACACUUCUACUGUUCCUAUGAAAAUACAAAAUGAUGACAGUAAUAAAAAAAGGAUACCCAAAUGGGAACAUGAAGAAGAGGAAGGAGAAAAGCAUAUAGACACACUACUACCACAUAACGGAGAUUUGCGAUUCGAUAAGGAUAACAAUCCAAAUGACAGAUUAAUCAAUAUAAUUGAAGAUAAAAAUAUAAUAGCUCAUACGAAUGACACAUGUCCAAAUAUAAAAGGAAAACAAAUGUUUCCUUUAAAACCCGAUGAUAUUACGAAUAAUGUAGAAACGAAAGGAGAAAAAAAAAAGAAAAAAAAUGCCUUAAAAAAAAAAAAAAAAAAUCCAAUAAAUGUUACGGAAAAAGGACCUAACACAAUAAUGAAACAUGACAUAAAUUCUGCUUCGAUAAAUAUGAAUAAUACCUCCAUGUACACUCCAAAGUUAGACAUGAAUGACGAAGACAGAAAAUACCUUACUUAUGAUCAAAAUGGGCAAAUGCCAAGUGGCGAUUACUUUUACAUGGAUGGGCACAAGGUCAACCAGAUUGGCCAAACAGGACAAGUGAAUAACGUCAAUCAGAAAUACAAUGACGAGCUGUGUGUAAUGAACGAAUUAGAAUACUGCAGAGACAUAUCAUUAUAUGAAAAAAGAUAUGAUCGUGGUACCAACACGUUUAAAAAUAAUAAAAGGUAUGAUGCCGAAUUUCCUUCUUUGUAUUGA